CCCCAAUCUGAUCAUUCCCCCCGAGUACAGUACGGAGUAUGUACGUACUCUAAAAUUAUUAGUGACCGUGCCUGCCAAACAAUCUUCGUAAAGCCAAUUCCACAGCCCGCCAAUUCACUACCACCUAGGCUUCUUACUGUCUUGUUUUCUCAACUUCUCCGUUCUUCUUUCCUUCCUGCCCAUCUUCGUUGCUGUCCCACCUCGCAUCUUCACAACUCUUCAUCAAGCCUCCAGAGGCCAUCCUAUUCGAUUUUGUUUUGUUGCUCGGGAUAACAUCUGGGCCUCAAUCUACCGAUUCGCCCUGCUAACAACUAUCGGGCCAGAUUUUUUCUUCUCCCAUCUUCAGAUACCCCACGAACGAACUUCACCCGUUCUACCGAUCACGAUGUCUACAUCCGUGAAUGGCGCCAACGCCACAACCAGCGGGCUGUCUGCAAAUGACAAGAUCCAGCGAUUCGGCGCCCCUAGCCGGCCGCUGAGCCCGCUGCCCUCACACACGCUCUUCAGCGAUAAGACGAGGUGCUUCGUCUACGGUCUGCAGCCCCGCGCCGUCCAGGGUAUGCUCGACUUCGACUUCAUCUGCAAGCGCAAGACCCCUUCGGUCGCCGGCAUCAUCUACACAUUCGGUGGCCAGUUCGUUAGCAAGAUGUACUGGGGAACCAGCGAGACCCUUCUGCCCGUUUACCAGGAGGUCCCCAAGGCCAUGGCCAAGCACCCCGACGUUGACGUUGUCGUCAACUUUGCUUCCUCGCGAAGUGUCUACCAGUCCACCAUGGAUCUCAUGGAGUAUCCCCAGAUCAAGACCAUUGCCAUUAUUGCUGAGGGUGUGCCUGAACGCCGCGCUCGUGAGAUUGCCCACAAGGCCAAGAAGAAGGGCGUCACCAUCAUUGGCCCUGCCACCGUUGGUGGCAUUAAGCCCGGUUGCUUCAAGAUUGGUAACACUGGUGGCAUGAUGGAUAACAUUGUGGCGUCCAAGCUCUACCGCAAGGGCUCCGUCGGCUACGUCUCCAAGUCCGGUGGCAUGUCCAACGAGUUGAACAACAUCAUUGCCAACAACACCGACGGUGUUUAUGAGGGUGUGGCCAUCGGCGGUGACCGCUAUCCCGGAACUACUUUCAUCGACCAUCUGCUGCGCUACCAGGCCGAUCCCGAGUGCAAGAUUCUUGUGCUGCUCGGUGAGGUUGGUGGUGUCGAAGAGUACAAGGUGAUUGAGGCUGUUAAGCAGGGCAUCAUUACCAAGCCCAUUGUUGCCUGGGCCAUUGGUACUUGCGCCAGCAUGUUCAAGACCGAGGUCCAAUUCGGUCACGCUGGUGCCUUCGCCAACUCGACGCUUGAGACGGCCAAGACCAAGAACGACAAAAUGAAGGAGGCUGGUUUCUACGUGCCUGACACCUUUGAGGACAUGCCCAAGGUUCUCAAGGUGGUGUACGACAAGCUCGUCCAGGAUGGCACCAUCAAGCCCCAGCCCGAGCCCGUCGUGCCCAAGAUCCCCAUCGACUACUCGUGGGCCCAGGAGCUCGGCCUCAUCCGCAAACCAGCUGCCUUCAUCUCUACCAUUUCCGACGACCGUGGACAGGAGCUCCUAUACGCCGGCAUGCCCAUCUCGGAUGUGUUCCGGGAGGAUAUUGGCAUCGGUGGUGUCAUGUCGCUUCUGUGGUUCCGCCGUCGCCUGCCCGAAUAUGCCUCCAAGUUCCUCGAGAUGGUCCUCAUGCUCACAGCCGAUCACGGCCCUGCCGUAUCUGGUGCCAUGAACACCAUCAUCACCACUCGUGCCGGCAAGGACCUCAUCAGCUCGCUCGUUGCCGGUCUCCUGACCAUUGGUUCUCGUUUCGGCGGUGCUCUGGACGGCGCUGCCGAGGAGUUCACCAAGGCGUUCGACAAGGGCCUCAGCCCUCGCGAGUUUGUCGAUAUCAUGCGCAAGCAGAACAAGCUCAUCCCCGGCAUUGGCCACCGUGUCAAGUCGCGCAACAACCCUGACCUGCGUGUGGAGCUUGUUAAGGAGUACGUCAAGGCCAAGUUCCCCAGCACCAAGCUGCUCGACUACGCCCUGGCCGUCGAGACUGUCACCACCUCCAAGAAGGACAACCUCAUCCUAAACGUUGACGGCUGCAUUGCCGUCUGCUUCGUCGAUCUCCUCCGCAACUGCGGCGCCUUCUCAGCCGAGGAGGCCGAGGACUACCUCAAGAUGGGUGUUCUCAACGGUCUGUUCGUGCUUGGCCGGUCUAUUGGUCUUAUUGCCCACUACCUCGACCAGAAGCGGCUGCGCACUGGCCUUUACCGUCAUCCUUGGGAUGACAUCACUUACAUUCUGCCUCAGGUCGGCGGUGGCCCUCCGGGUGCUGAAGGCAGAGUCGAGGUGCAGAUGUAAAGCGGCAGUGGCAGGAUGGCCAUGGGACAGCCAACGGUGCGCGGGGGUGUAGUUCUGAUAAUAGAGCAAUGGAGCAUUGGGUACUUGACCUUGUAACGACUGAGGCUGGGACUAGAAAGCGCUUUUUGUACGACCAGCUAUAUGCAUGAACGUAUGGUUGCAUGCUGGUAGAUCCUUAUCAUUUUUUAACACGCUAGAUAUUUCGGUUCUAUUUCGGGGUCUUGUCUGUCCCGCAUGAUAAAUUGUGAUAGUAUAUCAAUGUGACGAAUGAAUAUAGAACGAUGCCUCUACGUGUAAAGGCAUUCGGGGUUGUUGUUUGAU